AUGGUCGCCUCCAUUCAACUCUUGACGGGCCUUUUGGCCCUGACCUCUUCAGCGGUCUCCAGUGUCGUUUCGCGACGUUCCAUCACACCUCCGGAGGGAUGCCCGAUCCCAACCUGGACCGUCAACAACUUCGUGUGGCACAAUGGCUCCCACAGUCUGGACUGUGUUCACCACCGAGAUGAUAACCCCAAGGCCUGCCUCUGUGGUUCAGGCUGGUGCGAACCCGAUCCCGCAACAUGCAAUGGGACCAUGGUCAAUCCAUGCUAUACCGGUCUGCCCAACUAUGAGCCCUGGGGUUAUGGACCCUUGGAGACUCUCGAUAUCGAUUUUGCGGAUGGGCUGCAAUGCCACGAUCAGUAUAUCGGCUACCGAAUUCACGACAUCGGCAAUGGAGAGAGCAAUUGCGGUUACGCCGACCGAGGGGCUGGGCGUAUCGUGUCUUUCUACGGCACUUCGAAUUUUGCUUCGUCUACCGGUCACAUGGAUUACGUCCUGGGUAGCGGCCAUGCUUUGACCUGUGCCAAUGGAAGCUCUAUCACGUACUCGGGAAGCGUCGACUUCCCGCUGACUUGCACUCACGACGCAAACUUCAACGCUACCUGCACGGCUCCCGUCUUUGAGAUCCCUGUUCUUAGCUACUCGUGGGUUUAG